GCCACCAGUACUUUGGCAGCCUCGAAAAUUUAAAGACAUAGACAGACGAGAGAGUGCUCAAAACAAUGCAUUCUUCUACUUCUACUUUGGCUGUAAUUUUGGUAUUAGCCUCAUUGUCCGCUAAUGUUUCUCAGGGAAAACCCAGGCCCUGCAGCGAUGAAUUCUCAGAUAUGGCUGCACAAAAACACCUGAGCACUAACUGCAAGAAACUGUCCACCUUGGAAGCUGAAUUCGCCUGGAAUCACCGCAACAAUGGUACCGACCGGAAAAAGAUUGAGCUCGAGGUUUUUGUGGGCACGAAGAACGUCACCGAAAUGGGGUGGUUGGCAUGGGGGGUGAACCCUGAAAGGCCUAGAAUGGUCGGUACGAGGGCCAUUAUAGGCAUUAUGAUGCCAAAUGGGACACAAGCGAUUAAGACUUAUAACAUCACCGCAGACACCCGGCGUGGUUGUGCACUCCGGCCUUCGGAUGUCGAUGUGAAAUUCCAGGACAUGGCGGUGGAGUACAACAACAGCGCCGGCUACUUCUCUAUUUUUUCCAGGGUGAUGCUUCCGGUAAUAUACUACAACAUUUCAAGGCUAAAUCAUGUCUGGCAAGUGGGGCAGUACGUCAAUGGAUUGGAGCCUCAGAUGCAUUCGAUGACUCUGCAGAACUUUGAUAGCAAAGAGACUGUGAAUUUAACGUCGGCGGAUGGGCGCGGUAAGGGCGUUGGACACUCGCGGCGUCGGCUGAGAAAGGUUCAUGGGAUCCUAAAUAUUAUUGGGUGGGGAACAUUGUUGCCUAUUGGAGUGAUAAUUGCAAGGUACUUCAGGAAAUAUCCAUUCAAAUCCAGCUGGUGGUUCUUACUUCAUGUCUCUUGCCAAACUGCUGGCUUUGUUCUUGGUACCAUUGGCUUUGCAACAGGACUGUGGAUUGGACACUAUUCAAGAUUCUACAGCUUCCAUACUCACCGGACUCUAGCUAUCUGCAUCUUUGCUUUCACCACUUUACAACUACUGGCAUUCCGUCUAAAACCGACACCAGAUGAUGAGUACAGGAAGCACUGGAAUGUUUAUCAUCAUUUUCUGGGAUAUGCACUGAUUGCCAUUAUCUCAGUGAACAUAUUUCAUGGGAUUGACAUUUUAAAGCCACACAAAUUUAGAUGGAGAUGGACUUUUAUUGGAAUUCUGGUGGCAUUGGCUACGGUAACUUUGGCUUUGGAGAUUUACACUUGGAUUACAUUUUUGGCCGCAAAGAAGAGGGCUAAAAAUGAUAGAAAAUCCAAGCCAACCUCUUCUUCAUCAUCUCGAUGAAAGAAACACCUAAAUAUAUACUUUGUCUUGUAUCUUCUCUUUUUAUUGUUAAUUAAUGUGGAAUUUAAUUACUACCUUAAACUUUCUACCUUGUUGUUAAACUUAUAUUUGUAUUCAGCAUACUUUUUUUAUAUAUAAAAUAUGCACACUUGU